CUAUGUUGAUCCGUGAUACUGUUUUAUCUUCCCAACUUUUUCUUUAGGACUUUUUUUGAGUGUUUAUCUAUGUGCGCAGUACGUUCAUGAGUGUGGAUGCUUUUAGUGUUUAGUUUGUUUAGUUUAACUCGUUGAACGUUCAAGGAACAGCAGCUGAAAUUGGGAUGAUCUGGUAAUUUUCCUUGAUUUGAACAAUCUCGGUAGAUCAUCAACUAUAUAGCUAGAUCGUGGAAGCAAAAUUGGCAACGAUGGCGGAGGUGGCUAUGAAUGCAAAAUCACAAGAAAAGGAAUUUUGAAACAACACCAUAUACAUGGACACGAAGUAUUCAACUUUUCACAACUCUCACUUGUAUACCAUUUUCAAUGGAAAAACAACCAACAUUUUACUUCCAGAACAAGGUGAUCACUGAGAAUUUCUCCCAAGAAGAAAGCAUUCCUAUGUAUAUUCUGACCCCUUUGUGCGAUUUGCAUGCAAAAUCAAGUUUUAUUGGUAUCUAGCACAAAUCCAUAUGUGAGGUGUUAUUGGUAUGUAGUGUGAUUCCAUAGGUGAUGUGUUGGAUAGAUAGACUGCUGCAAGGCAAUACUGUGGUUGGCUGUGUGGCCUGUGCCUCCUUUGAGCGAUUCACACACACAACUUAGCAUGUCAUGCAAAUUGCAACACAUCCCUAUCGAGCCAAAAAUCCACAAUAUAUUAUAAAGUGACAAUUCUAUUCUGAAGUUGCAUAAAUAAGGUGCUAUUUAUACUAUUUAUUGUACAUUUUUCAACAAUAUGAUAAGUGCUUGCUUAAUCAAUGUUCCUUUAUCUUCUAAGCCAACUUUAUAAAAUGAAAGUAUCAAGCUAAGUAGAAUUACAAGUAAAUCAAUGAAAUAUAAUUUCAGUAGUAAUAAAAGAACUAAUGGAAUAGCAAAAUUGGAUGAACAUGAAAUUCCAAUAAACAAGAAUUUUGGAUAUCUUGAAUCUAUUACUUUACAAAAAAAGACAUUAAUGAAGAUGCUAUUAACAAUAUUAAAGGUGAGUUGAAGAUCGAUAGAAUCUAGAAUCUAGAAUCAGAUGAGUUGAAGAAUUGAUUAAAGUUAAAAGUGUAAGGAUAAAGAAAGACGAAAGAAAAUUCUAGUUAGCAUAAGUAAAAGUUAUUUAAGAAUUGUAAUAUUACUCGUGAUGGAUCCUUGCCAAGAUUACAAUGGAGGGGUAAGACCCAUGUAAACCCCAAACAGUUAGGAGCAUUGUUGGCCUGCCUUUUAGUGUGCAGGGAUGAAAACUUAUUUUUUGUAGAUGAUUACAAGAGAAUAAGUUGGGGAGAAAAAUGUCAGGUUUAAGUAGAAAUCACAGGGCCACAUGGGUUUCUGAUUGGAGUUUUUAAAUCCGAUAUUAGUUUAUCACAAAAAAAUUUAUGUUUGUUGCAUAUAUUUUGUAUUUUCAUGAAUUUUCUUUGUGCUGUUAGGGCAGCUCAGUGUACGAAGAUCUUGCCUUUGUGAGUCCGCUGAAAGAAGAAAAACUUGCUAUUUACUAUGAACUGCAAAACACAAUCCUACAUCACCCCUCCCCUCACUAUCUCGUCAUUGGACUUGGAUACUGCAUCGUCGAUCAUCUUCUUCAACAACAGUGGGCACUUGUGAGGCCGCUUUGUUAGGGAUCAAAUAGCUGCAAACUGGUGACAUGUUUUGUACUAACAACAUUAUUGCAUAAAGCUUAUUUCUUACAUAUGGCAUUUGGUUAUUUGUGCAGGUCAUGCAACAUGUCUUCUACAGAUUUAUUGAAGCUUGCUGCAAAUCUUGAAUCAAAGAAAUCAAAGAUCAAUUUUGAACCUGACGUACUGUCAACUCUUGGAUCAUUGCUUCUUGAUGUUCAUGCUGUUUGUCAACCAAAGCCAACUGACUAUGAGAACCGAAGAAAAUUAGUUCAAAAGUUCAAUAAAUUGGCACUAGAAGUUUAUGGCAAAAACAAUGGCUUUCCGGCAGUGGAGGCAUUUGGGUCUUUCACUAUGGACUUAUUUACCUCUAAUAGUGACCUGGAUCUAUCAAUUAACUUCAGUAACGAUAUGGUUGACUUCCCCCGUGAUAGGAAGAUUUCUUGUCUUAAGAUACUUGCAGAUGUCUUGAAUGAUCAUCAAAAGAGGGGACUUGUCACUAGGGUUUUGCCAAUUUUAACAGCUAGAGUUCCAGUUUUGAAAGUUGUAGACUGUGAAACUGGAGUGGAAUGUGAUUUUUCAAUUGAAAAUAAGGAUGGCAUUUCCAGAUCCUUGUUCUAUUCAAUUGUUGCUUCAAUUGAUGAAAGAUUUUCGAAAUUGAGUUAUUUGAUGAAAGCUUGGGCAAAAGCACGUGAUAUUAACAGCUCGAGGGAUCACACUAUGAAUUCUUUAUCAAUAAUUUCCUUAGUAGCGUUUCACUUACAGACCCGAGAGCCUCCUAUACUUCCUCCUUUUUCUGAACUAUUAAAAGAUGGGAUAGAUGCCUCAAGUGUGGAAAGAAAUGUUGCUAGAUUCAAUCAAUAUGGUAAAAGCAAUCAAGAAUGUAUAGCUAAAUUAUUCUUGGCUUUAUUAAGGAAGCUGUCGUCAGCGGAGACAUUGUGGAGAAAGGGUUUAUGUGUUAGUCUUUUUGAAGGUUGCUGGAUUUAUAAGAUAUUUAAUUCAAAAGUAGCUGGAAGGAUGAAUAUUGAAGAUUUUCUGAAUCGGUUUGAAAACUUUGCCAGAUCAGUUUCAACAGCUGGGAUUAGGAAGAUCUGUGAACACGUGAAUAUUUCUCUAAAUAAUAUAUCAGAUUUUGCAGCAAAUAGGAUUGAAGCAUCCAAGUUGAAGGAACUUUUGUUCAAACCAGGUGAGGUGAAGAUUCUGAAUGAUAAACCUGCCCGCAAAAGAUUUCCUAAACGGAAGAGGAUGAGGAUGAAAAUGGAACAAGACAAUGAUCAAUUUAAAAGAGCAAAGAAUCCAAAGUUCAGCAAACAAACAGAAAUACUAAAUCAACCAGUCUAUCAGACGCCAGUUGCUUUGCCUAUUCUUAUGUUGCCUCCUGUUCAACCACAAGUUCAUAACGGGUUUUAUGGACCAGCUCCUGGUUUUGUUCCUCCGCCUUUUAGGUUGUAUGACCACCCUCAACGCCCAGUUCCUCCUUUUUUAUCAGGUUAUGGGAAUGGCCAUCCACCCCCAUUCAUCCGUGAACCAUCCUCCAGCCAUAGGUUGCCUCCACAUCAACUUGGCUUCCGUGAUGGACGACAUUACCCAGAGAAUCCACCAUUUAUGCAUCCAGGGUUUGGACGGCGGUGGUAGGAGACAUACUCGUGGCCGUAGGAACUACAUCUGUAUUCCAGCACAUCCACGAGAUUGAAGGUUGCGAUAGUCAAAACUUCAAUCAUCAAGUUGAUAUUCCUAAUUGGCCUCACAAAUUCAUAAGGGAUUAUUGUAAAAAGAUAAAACUCACACAAAGGAUCAAAGUCAUUUAAAUUGUUUAUUUCUGCAUAAGUUAACUAGUUAGCAUCAAUCAAGAACAACCUGUUUGUGAAUGUACUGUCAAAUAAUUGGUAUAAUUUUACUAUAA